AUGACCAGCAUGUUCCUAGCAUGUCCUAAAAUCCAUCAACGGAUCCGAACACCCUGCUCUGAAAACGUCCCAAAGUAUGAGGACAAAUCCCUAACAUAUCCGAACAUCUCCCGAAAUGUCUGUUCCCAACGCCCCCCCCCCCCGAAAACGUCCCCCGAAAACGUCCCGAAAACGUCCACGGAAGUCCCCCAAACGUCCCCAAUAACGUCCCGAAAACGUCCCGAAAACGUCCACGGAAGUCCCCAAAACGUCCCCAAAACCGACCCCACCCCCCCUAGUAACAUCCUUCACCCUCCCCCAACCCCAACCCCCGACUUCCCGCCAACUCCUCCGCCUUUCCCGACAUCCCGACUUCCCGACAUCCCGACUUCCCGACAUCCCGACUUCCCGACAUCCCGACAUCCCGACUUCCCGACAUCCCGACUUCCCGACUUCCCGACAUCCCGACUUCCCGACAUCCCGACUUCCCGACAUCCCGACUUCCCGACAUCCGACUUCCCGACAUCCCGACUUCCCGACUUCCCGACUUCCCGACAUCCCGACUUCCCGACUUCCCGACUUCCCGACAUCCCGACUUCCCGACCGACAAUUCACCACCGAUAA